ACAAUCAGUGUGUAUUUACGACGGAAGUUGCAGCAAUUGUAUAGGAGUGACUAUCUGGGUUGUUUAAGUGAGCGUGCAUGGGUCUGAUCGACCAAGCACCGAACUUACCCUAGAACCAACAUCAUGACGGGGGUCGACACUCCCGUCGACGAUCAACCGAUGUGUUUUUAUGUCCACAAGAUGGACUAACGAAUCGUCGAUAGGCGAUGAGCACACCGCAGUACCAACCCAAGACGACCAGCGGAGGAAGGUUUGAUUUCGACGACGGUGGUACUUACUGUGGAGGUUGGGAAGAUGGUAAAGCACACGGCCACGGAGUCUGUACGGGUCCCAAAGGUCAGGGGGAGUACUGCGGGUCGUGGCAUUACGGCUUCGAAGUAUCGGGUGUGUACACGUGGCCGACUAACAGCACUUACGAGGGUCAAUGGCAAAAUGGCAAGCGGCAUGGUUUGGGAGUCGAGACACGUGGACGAUGGAUAUAUCGAGGAGAAUGGACUCAAGGAUUAAAAGGAAGAUACGGAGGCAGGCAAAGUGUAACUUCCGGGGCCAAAUACGAAGGAACGUGGGCCAAUGGCUUACAAGACGGCUACGGAUCCGAAACGUACGCAGACGGUGGUACUUACCAAGGACAAUGGAUGAGAGGAAUGAGGCACGGUUAUGGAGUGAGAAGCAGCGCACCUUUCGGAUUAGCAUCACAUUAUCAUCCAAAAACAGUUCGAGAAUCUUUCACUUCCCUCGAAGACGAGCUCGAUUCUUCUCCAGAUAGGAAAAAUAUACCAGAAGAAGGACGAGGAGGAUUUGUGUUGAAAGCUCGGAGCGAUGAACCCACACAAAGACGUCGCCACGCUUCAGAAAACGUAAAGCGGUCUAUCUUUCAGGGACUGAGAAAGAAGAAAAGCGAUAGCAGCAAACAGGAUGCUGUAGGUCCGCAUCGUAGUACGAAUUCGAUGAGCUCGGCUAGUUCAGAAUCCGGAAAAUCGGGCUACACUCAUACUUCGAUGAUGACCGAUAGCAACACUAGUUUUGUUAGCCAAGACGACAUAACAGAUGCUAAUGUGAUCGAAACAUACAUGGGUGAUUGGAAGAACGACAAGAGAUCAGGUUUCGGUAUUGCCGAAAGAUCGGACGGUCUCAAGUACGAGGGUGAAUGGUACAAUAAUAAAAAAUACGGCUACGGCGUUACCACUCUUAAAGACGGUAAAAGAGAAGAAGGAAAAUAUAAAAAUAAUGUGUUAGUGACAUCGGGAAAGAAGAAACAUCUGUUUCUACUUCGUUCUGCAAGAUUUCGAGAAAGAGUACAGUCUGCUGUUAAUGCUGCGAUACAAUCAUCCCAGAUAGCACUCCAGAAAGCGGAUAUCGCUAUAUCGAGAACAGCGACAGCACGAGGUAAGGCAGAACAAGCAGACAUCGCAGCUAUACAUGCCAAAGAAGAUGCAGAGAUCGCUCGACUAGUAGCGAAGCAAUUCGCACCUGAUUUUAAUCAACCAGGAGCGGAGCAUCUUAAACAUCGUCUUGGUAGCAAAUUAGACUCUCAAUUAAAUCUUCUUCGGCUACCUCCACGUGACAAUUUUCCGUCCCAACACAGAUCUCGUUCGCUAUAUCUUCAAGCAACCACAGUUUCUAAAGAAAAUCUUGCAAGUCCCAGUGAUUUUGAUCAGCCGUCCAAUGAACAAAAUGAGCAUCAUGGCUAUACAAUUCAUCAUACUACGAGAGACCAUUUCGAUCAUUACCAAAGUGUGCCAUUAAAGAAAAAAGCAGCUCCGAAAUCAUUACAGACUCCACGUACAGAAACUGAAGUACCAACUCUUGCUGAUACUUUAAAACAAUAUUACGGAGCAGACUGUACUCCGGAUUCAGGUGUGUCUGAAAGUAUGGAUAACGAUGAAGCACCACCAGUUCGUCCUCCACGGAGAUCGACAUUACCAUCAGUAUUGUAUCCACCAGAAUAUCCUCCCGUAAAUAUUGGUGUAAGUGAUAGCGAAGCAGGUAGUAAUACCCCAGAAGAUGAAGGUGCUUCGAAAAAACGGGCAUUCCAGGAAGGUCCGCAACGCACUUCUUCGUGUCUCUUCAGAAGGCACGCUCCUUUACAACAAAAUUCUAUUCACAUGAAUGAACAUGGAAGGAGAAAAAAAAGUUUGCCAGAUAUUGGAGUUUUGGCUGUUAAAAGCCCAGGUAUGAGUCGUGAAGAGGUCGCAGCACUGAGUUCCUUACGUCGAGCAGAAUUGAUUCGACAAGAAGAAGAAGCUGAACGACUUCGGUCCAAUCCUUUGCUAUAUCUCUUGAGUCCAGAUGUCAGGGACUGGUUGUCUCGUCAGCAACUAGUGAUGCUAGUUCUCUUCAUCAACAUUAGUUUGGCUAUAAUGUUUUUUAAACUCCUGACAUAGUGACAAUUUAAUAAGAGCAGUUCCCGUGAUCUUCCAGUACACCUGCAGUGAAUUAGCAGGUAAAAAUUAUGUAAAGGUGGUGAUACACAGCCCCCGUUGUUAACGGGUGAGCAUUUUGGAGUUACGAGAGUGGAGCAUCAAUUCUGCUGUUCUGUCAUAUACAAGACAGGAGACUCCUAGUUAACAGCAUACUCCUGAAGUGAUUCCUUUAUUUUUCACAGACGUACCUCGAUUGGCUCCAAAUCCUUGUAAAGGUAUAUCCUCUAUUCCAAAUCAGAGGUUAAACCUUCCAAGAAAUAAUAAUAAUAAUAAACACACAGAAUAUGUUUCCAUCUUGUUUCCUCUGAAGAUCUAUAUGACAUAGAAACGAAGGAACGUUGUACUUUGAUUUUUUCACUAUUCACUGCCUUUGUCCAUUUGCUGCUUUGCCUUGUUUUGCACGGUGUGCGGAAUGUUGGAGAUAUGUAGACCCGAAGGUGCCUCCGUAUCUCUCAUACAUAAGGCGUGAAGGUGCUAUUAAAAAGGAAUUUUGUACAGGAAUAUGGUGUGUCUGUCAUUUUAUGGUGAAAAAUACAUGCGUUGAAAACAUUAUAUUAUUGUUAAAUGUAGCUAAACUUUUAGGAAUCGAUCAAAAUUAUUGUAUUAAAAUCGCGAAUUUCGUGGAAUAUUUAAAAAAAAAAAAAAAUU